AUGGGUAAGAAACGCCGAUUGCCACUUGUAGAAGUCGGCGAAGGACCCUUGAGUUCACGACAGAGAGGGGAGGAGCUGCAAGCCGCCCAUACUAGUGAUGCUGGGUCAGAACCCACAGGAAUGGAGAGGGACCAUCCAUUGACAAUUGUGCAAGUUGGCCAAGGUUCAUCACGCUCACGAGACAUCAUGCAGGAGGAGUUAAGGGCCGCCUAUGAUGCUGAGCACGCAAGAUGGGAGGAAGGAGAUGAUGAUGAUGAUGAUGAGACACAGCCACCUUCUGCAGACGAUUUGGUCCAAGAAACCGCACCAUCCAAUGAUGGGCGUGCAGAAGAUGCAGUUCGGGAAACCCCAAUAUCCAAUAAUAUAAAUAAAAGACGUGGAAUAACGCUAAUGCAGCGAAUAUGGGCUCUCCCACCGAACAAGAAACUUGUAUGUGGGUUAAAUGGGAGCAUGCAACCGGUUGGGGAAAGCGGGCAAACAUUCAAAAGGUGGUUGGGCACCUUAUGCAUCUGCCGCAACUAUUGCCCACUUAUGCCUGCUACUUGGACGCAUGUCGACCGUAAAUGCAAAGAAGACGCCUGGGUAGAGAUAGAGAAAAAGUGGAUCAUUGACCCAGAUAUUAUCAAACCAGCAAAUCAAAUGAACUGGGCAAUGCACUUGUUAGGGGAGUUGAGAAGGAAUCGAAGGAGUAAGUUAAAAAAAAAAUGCUACCCAAAAGAUGCGUUAAUAGAAGAGGUUUAUCUCAAAAAACCAUCUUGGGCUGACGAGCAGGACUACCGCGCACUAGUUGACUAUUGGUUUGCCGGUAAAACGAAGGAAUUAACGGAUACGAACAAGAGAAGUCGUUCGUUUCAGACGGAUAUAGCGAGGACAGGGCCUAUAAGUUUUGCACAAACUACUGACAAUAUGCAAGAGUUUGGUUUGGUAUAUAGCAAUUGGGAUGCAUAUAGGCAGGGGGUUGUAGCUGCGUUUAAAACGUGGCUAUAG